GUGGCUUGCGGUGUAUGGAUGUAGAUGUAGAUGUAGACACAUAGACAACUGUUUUUCCCUCAUUCAGUUUGUGAAUGGAAUAGGAAAGGAAAUGAUUAGUAGUGGUCCAGGGUACCCUCCUCCAAAUGCCUUAUGGUCGCUUGUGGAGUAUCUGUGCAGAUGUAGUUAUAGACUUACACUACCACUUCGAGAACUGUACAUAUUAUUGUUCCAGAAGAACUUUGAUGCAACUGCAAAAUUUGUCAAAUCAACUUUAUUGCUUCAGUCAUCUCAGAAAGAGGUAGUGCUUACAGUCAAACAUCAUCUUAACUGCUGUUAUACAUCGUGCCACUAUAAGAUAGUUACGUCUUUGUGGAAAUAUUGAAUGUUGUGACAAAGGUUGGGAAGAACAUCGUCGUAACUGGCAGUUGUGUUUUUCAGUUUGAUGAGUGAAGUAACAUAUCCAGUGAAACGACAAUGCAAGUGUUGAAUAGUGGGAAUUGAGAGUCGCUUCAACUCAUGUCCUGGAUGUGAUAAUGAUGGACAAAAAGAGUGAUCAAACAAAGAAGAUCAUGCACCUUGCUGUUGAAGGGCUAAUGGAAGAUAACAAAAAGACAAGGGAGAUACAUUUUUUUGUGAGAAGUGAAACACAAACAUGAUCCAGCACUUUAGAGGAACAGCCAUCAAUCCCACAUUGUGAAAUAACAAAAAACAAGUGAGCAAGGUGGAGCCACAGACAUCAACAUCAAAUCAUAAGUUCAACGUGACACAAAUGACGGAAGCUUCAAGUGUGUAUGUGAUUGAAAGGGCAAACACGACAAAAUCUGUUUUGAAAAGAUUAACAUUGACAACUCCUUUGCUGAACAGCAAUUCUGAAAGCAGUUCAGAUUUGUCCUCUGGUUCAAGCGACAAUUAUCAACUGUCAAGCAACAAUGACUACUAUCAACCAUCAAGCAGCGAUGAAUCGUAAAAUUCAAGUGAAAGAUCACUCACCAACAAAGAAAAAUGUCCCAUUAAAAAACCUAAAGAAAGAAUGCAGAAUGUUAGUGAUUGCCAGAGUAAAAGCUAAAACAUUGAGAAACAGUGAAAAAAUUAUAUAACAAGAACAAGCAAAAUUGUCAAGGCUCAAAAAAUGGGUGCUGCGUGUACAGAUAAAUGUAUCCUCUCUUUACAUAGAAAGUGGUAGAACACAACAGGCAUCAGCUGUCCAUGAGCUCCUGGGUGCUGGGAACAUUACAAAGCCAACGGGAUAUUCUGAAUUCAUGCAUUGACACACUCAUUCUCAAAUAUCAUCGCAUUACUGCCAGAGAAGCUAGAAAGCUGAACCGCUUUCUAUUUGAUGAAAGAUGAGCAGAAGAUUCAUGUGUGUAAAACUUUCUGAUAAAUGCUUUGGAAAUAAUGGAAAGGCAAGUCCGUACUGUUAUCAAGGGGAAAAUGACUGGACUGAGAUGGCACCUGCAGACAAAAUGGCCCAACAUGAAAAGCAUUGUAAGACUGAUCAAAAAAUCUUGGAGUCAUGUAGGAAUCACAUAAUGUCAAUUCCCUUUAUUGAGAGUCACUUUGCAAGGCGUGACAUAACAAGAGCUUUAUCGACGGUAGCUUAUCCAUCACUGAAAUGCACAGAGAUUACUCUUCAGCAUGAUGUUCCAUUAACCUGCCAGCUGUGAAUUAUGACACUUACAUGCAUAUAUUCAAUCCUGAAUUUAAUAUUGGAUUUCUUUGCACCAAAGGGAAAUCAGUGCGUCCAAUGUGAAGUUUACAAAAAGCUACAGAUGAAGAGAAAGCAGAAAUACAAGAUGCAUUUCAAGAACAUCAGGAAGAAAAGAACUGAGUCACAUGGAAAAAAACAUGGACAAGGAGAUACAACUAGCUGUUCAUGAUUUAAAAGCUGUCUUACUAGUGCCUACAGGACAAACAGCUGCCUUUUUCUACAAAUCAAGGCACGACAGUUUCACAGUGUGGUGGUGUAACAUCUAUGACUGGAGGAAAGGAAGAUCACUGGUCCGGACGGCAAGCGGUGAUUUUCCACAUAACACCACGAUUUUGCUGUUGGAGCCAAAAAUCUGCCACGUCGGUUACACGAUUGAGAAUGCUGCCAUUACUAACAGCACAACCUCACUGUUUCUUCAGCAAUGUCGACAACAUCUCUCAAGUGCUCAUGAAUUCCACAUGCAAAAUUGCUAA